UCCGGGAGAGAAUGGGCGGGCAGAGAAUUCUGUGGGUUUGGCGGGUUUCUCUGUCUUCCUAAGUAUUUGAUCGUCCCGCAGGCAAGAGAGCAGGACACGACGGGACUCAGGGAAUCCGGCGGAAGAGGCUGCUGGCACCACCCCGAUGGCCAGGCCCAUGGAUUUUAAAAUUUAUGUAGAUCAGGCAUGCAAAGCUGCUGAGGAAUUUGUCAAUAUUUACUAUGAGACAAUGGACAAGAGAAGACAGGCACUAACCAGGCUGUAUCUGGACAAGGCCACCUUAGUAUGGAAUGGAAAUGUUGUAACAGGGCUGGAAGCCCUAACUAAGUUUUUUGACGUGUUGCCUUCUAGUGAGUUUCAGGUCAAUAUGCUAGAUUGCCAGCCAGUUCAUGAGCAAGCUACUCAGGCCCAGGCUACAGUUCUUGUGGUGACCAGUGGAACUGUGAAGUUUGAUGGAAACAGACAACACUACUUCAACCAGAACUUCCUGCUGACUGCUCAGUCUACUGCUGACAAUAUCGUGUGGAAGAUUGCAAGCGACUGCUUCCGUUUUCAAGAUUGGGAAAGUAGUUAAAGGGGACAAAAGUCCAUUCUCUUUUGGUCCAUUAGUUCCAGCAGUAGAAACUUAUAAGUAGUAGUUCAUUGCAUUGUGGAACCAUUAAAAACUAGUAUGUGCUGAAAUUAAAUUUCUUUAAUAUUUUUUAUUCCUAGCGGCACCUUUUCUAGCAGCUGCCAGUUUAGAUCAUUGCCCUUAAGAGCUUUAAUGUUAGUUUUCUACAUGCCUUAUAUAUGUUUCACUAAUGACAUUCUUACAGUAACAUUAAACCCAUGGUCUCUGUACUAAUAUACUCACUGUGAGCCCAGUGUAUUGCAAAAAUGAAAUCCCUUUAUAGUACUGUCUAUGGGAUAUCAGCACAAUGUAACUCUCUGGGAGGAAGUGGAGUGGUUUUUUUUUUUUGUUAUUAGGCUAAUUUUGUAGUACAACAUGUACCUAUUUUUGGUAAACACUGGUAAUGCAGUUUAAAUAUGAGGCUUUUUCAAAUCAGUUCAAUGAACACAUUACUAAUUUAGGUUUACAUAAGUACUCUGACAUACUAGAAUGGCAUGUAGAGAUGUUUAGUAGUCUUUUUAUGUUAAGUAAUGUAGGUGUUUUUUUUUUAUGUUGGCAUGUUUUCUUAAGUGAAUUAAUCUUCUAGAGAGGUGUAAAAUGUUCUCGAUUGAUACCUGAGUGUUAGAUACACUCAGUGGCUUAAAAGCAAAACUUCUUAAGAAAGCUUUUUCUUGGCAGCUCCAGGUCUAUAACUUUAGAUAGUGAAUCGUAGUAGUACUAAGAGCUUUAAUGGGAGAAUGAGAAGUGAGAAGUGUAGAGAUCCGAGGUUGGGCAAA